AUCUCCACCUCAUGUAUGAAACGUAGUAUCUAUACGCUUUUGUUUAGAUCCAUCAGCUAACUCCAUACACUAUCAAAUUUCAUCAUUGCUCGCAUUCAUACCGUUCAUUCACACGCUUCCACCUCAUACUGAUCGAGUGGACGUUGUACGUAAGAACGGGAAGCCGUUAAUAGUCGUGGAAACAAUCGAAUUCUAAUAGUAACCGUAUGUGGUGCGCUAUCUGAGAGCGUGUUGCGCGUAGUGGUCGAUUCUCGCGGCACUUUGACUCGACGGAUAGUACCGGGCAGCACCACGUUCCGCCACAGCAAACUCCGGUACUCCAACCACCUUCCCGCGAGGGGAUCCCCUCUGCGAGCGCGCCAGUCCAUCAAGGCCGCGUCAUUGAGUCGCAUAGAGAACGGCCAGCGGGGCGCAGGCGGAGAGGGCGCCGUCGGCGGAAACGUCGGCGCCGCGGCCGACCGCCUCGGCUACGGCUAUGAGGCGCUCUCUGCCGCCAGCGAUGGGAGCGACCAGGAGCCCGAAGACGUUCCCGAGUACACGCCGUUCGACAUGGAGCUCUCGGGCGGCGGGGAGUCCGCCGAAGGCCCGUCCUCCCGCGGCUCCGCCAAAGUGAAUUUCCCUCCCGAUGUGGAGCUCGAGCGCCGCGCAACCAGCGCCUUCGGCAGCGUCCUGCACCGAGGUCGAGGACGCUCCAUGAGCGCCUGGAGCGACAUCAGCCGUUCCAGCAUACGCUUCGAGGAACGGGUCCGAGUGGAGUACUAUGUGAACGAGAACACGUUCAAAGAAAGACUGCAACUAUACUUUAUAAAGAACCAAAGAUCGAGUUUACGCAUUAGGAUAGUAAACCUAUUUUUCAAGAUUUUGGCGUGUCUCCUGUAUAUAUUCCGCGUCUGUGCUGAUGGAGACCCAAUUAAUGCAACAUGUUACGGCUGCAAACCAGGCAACAAGUCGGAGUUCGAGUUCUCCGCGAACCUCACGGAGGAGGAGUUCCAGGAGCACCCCAUCAUCAACUGGGACGGCAUCAUCUGGGUGCACCGGCCACUCUACCUCUGGCUCGUGCAGGUCAUCCUGGCCAUGAUCUCGCUGGCUGAAGCCAUCCUGCUGGCGUAUUUGGGAUAUAAAGGCAACAUAUGGCAGCAGAUUCUGUCAUUUCACUUUAUUCUAGAGAUGGUGAACACCGUGCCAUUUGCGUUGACGGUUCCUUUCCCACCGCUGCGGAACCUGUUCAUACCUGUGUUUCUCAACUGCUGGCUCGCUAAGAGAUCUCUUGAAAACAUGUUUAACGAUUUGCACCGAGCCAUGCAAAAGUCACAGUCAGCUCUUUCACAACAACUUAUGAUAUUAUGUGUGACGCUACUGUGUCUCGUUUUUACAAGCGUCUGCGGCAUCCAGCACUUCCAGCGCGCGGGGCACCGGCACCUGAACCUGUUCCAGGCGACCUACUUCGUGGUGGUGACCUUCUCCACGGUGGGCUACGGGGACUUCGUGCCGGACAUCUGGCCCUCGCAGCUGUUCAUGGUCAUCAUGAUUGGAGUCGCGCUUGUUGUUUUGCCGACUCAGUUCGAGCAACUAGCGUUCACAUGGAUGGAGCGGCAGAAGCUGGGCGGCUCGUACUCCUCCCACCGAGCGCAGUCGGAGAAGCACGUGGUGGUCUGCUCCACCACGCUCCACGCGGACACCAUCAUGGACUUCCUCAACGAGUUCUAUGCACACCCUCUGCUGCAGGACUACUACGUGGUGCUCUUGUCUCCCAUGGAACUUGAUACUACGAUGAGGAUGAUACUGCAGGUCCCUAUAUGGGCACAGCGCGUGAUCUACAUCCAAGGGUCAUGCCUCAAGGACACAGACCUGAUCCGCGCGAGGAUGAACGAGGCAGAGGCCUGUUUCAUCCUCGCUGCGAGGAACUAUGCUGAUAAAACUGCUGCAGAUGAGCAUACUAUCCUCAGGUCAUGGGCCGUUAAAGACUUCGCUCCAGACGUGCCGCAGUACGUGCAGAUCUUCAGACCAGAGAACAAAUUGCACGUGAAGUUCGCAGAGUUCGUGGUCUGCGAGGACGAGUUCAAGUAUGCUCUGCUGGCGAACAACUGCACCUGCCCUGGAGCGUCCACACUGGUCACCUUGCUGCUGCACACCAGCCGAGGACAAGAAGGGCAACAGUCGCCCGAGGAGUGGCACAGGCUGUACGGCAAGUGCUCCGGCAACGAGAUCUACCACAUCCUGCUCGGCGACAGCCGCUUCUUCGGCGAGUACGAGGGCAAGAGCUUCACCUACGCCAGCUUCCACUCACACCGCAAGUACGGUGUCGCCUUGGUCGGAGUUCGCCCCGCCGAACUACCAGAAUUUUAUGAGGAAACGAUAUUAUUAAAUCCCGGUCCGAGACACAUAAUGAAAGCGAGUGAUACAUGUUAUUAUAUGAGCAUCACAAAAGAGGAGAAUUCCGCUUUUGUUUCCGACAAACAGGCGGAGAAACCGAUAGCAAAAGAUCAGACAGCUUGUAGCCUGGUCUCUAACGAGAGGGACGCGGAAGAGGGAGGCGGGCGGAAAAGAGCAGACGGUAGUAAAAUGGAUCCAUUCGACCUCCCAAAAGUGGUUCUACAAGCUCCCGCAAGUUCAAAUGCAUCGCCAUCACGCCAUACUGUUUCAUCCGCUAAUUUUACUAUGACUAGCUAUAAAGUGGAGGGCUCGGAGUCUCGUCUGUGUCUCAAAGACUCCCCGGCUACCGACAGCGCUACGGACAGUCAUCUGCUCUUGCCACGGCCAGACAAUCCUAACUUCCUUAGUCCUGAUACUCUACAUUCACGGCGAGGAAGCAGACGACCAUCGAUACUGCCUGUACCGGACAUGGUGACCAGCAGCCUGAACAUUGCGUCAGACAACCAAGAGGAGGAGCCCGAAGUGGACGCCAGUGAAGAUGAACUGGAAGACAACGUGCCCUGGAGGUCCCCUUCAGAGAAGAUCGCAGACGACGCGACCAGCAGCUCCAUGUGGUCGCUGGACUGCCACGGGAGGUCCGCCUGGCGCAACGACUUCUCGAGGAUCGUGAAAGGUUUCCCGCCAGUCUCGCCUUUCAUCGGAGUGAGUCCGACGCUUUGCUACUUGCUUAAGGAAAAGAAGCCGCUGUGCUGUCUGCAACUAGCGCAAGUGUGUGAGCAUUGCUCGUAUAGAAACGCGAAGGAGUACCAGUGGCAGAACAAGACGAUCAUCUUGGCAGCAGAUUAUGCGUCUAACGGAAUUUACAACUUUAUAAUUCCCUUGCGAGCUCACUUUAGAUCAAAGACGUCGCUGAAUCCAAUUAUACUGCUACUGGAACGCAGACCUGAUAUAGCAUUUUUGGAUGCCAUAUCAUACUUCCCGUUGGUAUAUUGGAUGAUGGGAACCAUUGAUUCGUUGGAUGAUCUUCUUAGAGCUGGGAUAACUCUCGCAGAGAAUGUUGUAGUGGUCAAUAAGGAAUUGUCAAAUUCAGCGGAAGAGGACAGUUUGUCCGACUGCAACACCAUUGUGGCGGUUCAAACAAUGUUCAAAUUCUUUCCAUCAAUAAGAUCCAUCACGGAGCUAUCGCAAUCGUCGAACAUGCGCUUCAUGCAGUUCCGUGCACAUGACAAAUAUGCUCUGCAUCUUUCAAAGAUGGAAAAGCGUGAAAAGGAGCGCGGCUCGCACAUAUCAUACAUGUUCCGCCUCCCGUUCGCCGCGGGCUCCGUGUUCUCGGCGUCCAUGCUGGACACUCUGCUGUACCAGGCCUUCGUCAAGGACUACGUCAUCACGUUCGUCCGCCUGCUGCUGGGGGUCGACCAGGCGCCUGGAUCCGGGUUCCUUACAUCCAUGAAAAUAACAAAGGAAGACAUGUGGAUCCGUACAUACGGUCGGCUUUACCAAAAGUUAUGUUCGACAUCUUGCGAAAUCCCGAUCGGUAUCUAUCGAACCCAGGACACGAGCCUGGCCGACCCUUCUCACGUGAGUAUGUCUCCACGCGGCUCCUCAAGUUGGUUAUGGUCACGCCUCACGGGAAUGCGAACAUCGCAAGGAUCGGCGGGUUCGGAGGAGAGCCGGCAGGGCGGAAGGGCGGAGGGCCGGACCGACUCGCGGUCUCCGACGGGCUGCCUGAGCGGCUGCUACGGCGACCGCACGCCGGCGUAUUCGGCGAGUCUCGCUGAUGAGGCGAGGGACAACCACGCGCAACAGAUUGAGAGGGCUGAGAUAGCGAACUUGGUGCGAUCUCGCAUGGAGUCGCUAAAUUUGAGCGGGAUCGACUAUGACGAUGUCAGUGAGAAGCGCAACAGCCUGUCUUACGUUAUCAUCAACCCCAGCUGCGAUUUGAACUUGCAGGAAGGAGAUAUCAUAUAUCUCGUUCGACCAUCCCCGUUCUCGGCGCAGAAGACAUUCGAACGCCACAACAGUCGCCGAAAGUCGAACAUAAGCUUCUGUUCGAGCGCAUUGAUUCAAGCGGCGGCGGGUGACGGUCGCAGAGGCUCAGCCAUGGCGGGCCUGUCGAGCUUGUCACCCCGGGCGCCGCCCCUGUCCAACACCAAGGCGAAUUCGCUGUCGCUGCCUGACAGUCCCACCAUAUUAACGGACUUUCGAGGCCGCUCCAACUCGCUGCGAGUGGUCGACGAGUCCUUGCUGCGUCGGUCGAACUCUCUGCGGCAGGGUAUCGGCUUGGGCGCGAUAUCUCGCCGGCGAAAGAGCAGCCUCGAAGAGAUCGGCAUCACGCACUUCAACUCGCUGCUGCAACAUCAACAGCAACAGCAGCAGCAGAACGCCGAGGCGAUCAAGAUGGCGCUGAACGGGAGCAUCGGCUUGGAAGUGACGCCGCCCGACGAGGGGCCCGUGGACCUGGGCGGGCCGUUCAGCGGCUACCAGGAGCUGGCGGCGGCGCUGCCCUCCGCGUCGUCGGCGGCGAGCCUGUCGCCGGACCCGCAGCUGCUGCAGGGCACCAUCGUAUGAUACAACCCCAUGUGGGGCCGGCGACUCAGGCGACGACGCAAGGAUUGAACGGACCACUCGACUCGGUCCCAUUUGAACCCUGUCCCUUAGCCUCAGAUCUCUCUGCACGUAUUGUAGUGUUGCAAAUGUAACUUUCUAACCUAUCGGAGUGGACUAGAUGCGGUAACGCAGUGAAUUGUUAGCGGGAUCAACUAGUUAGUACGUAGAGGAAAUACGUUGGCGUAAGGCUGUAUAUAUCUUUAAGCUUUACCUAUCUUUACUGUAACUUGGCAUUGUACGUGUAAAUAACUACUGUGUAGCGUGUACGGCGGUCACGUCUCGCGCCUGGUCUCUAUUUAUCGACUUUUGUAUCUUCUAAAGACCAGGCUAAUGAAUCUUAUACAAGAUAUUUGAGAAUUUUAAAUUAUUAAAGAGUCGAAUUGUAAAUUAUUUUAACUAGAUUGGACAUUUAAUGAAAAUUGAAUUAUUCAUAAUAAAAUAUUGUGUAUGUAUUCAUUCAUGGAAUAUGACAAGAGAUAUAUACAUUUAUAUAACGAUUGGCAACCUUUUGAGAAAAUGAUAUAUUUUAUUACAUAAGUAGAGUAUGUGUAUCAAAUUGCACAAAAGUGGCGUUAAGAUGAAAUCGACGUCGUCAUUGUUAUUUACAAUUAUGUUCACUUUUAAUUUUUGAUCUCAAUUUAAAUAAUUCUCAAAUCAUUUUUAAUUAACUAAUUAAGAAUGAAAAUAUUUCUCUAUUGUGGCAGCAUUUAUUACGUUGUUCAUAAAAUUAUUUUAUUGUUAUAAUAUUCGUGUUUAGCACGCACACACACACAUCAUGUACACAAAAUAUAUGACACACAACAAUAAACAUUACACACACCGAAUUUUUCAAAGAUAUUGGAUUUUUUACUUUUAAGUACACAUACCAAUAAAAAUAAGUUAUGAAGAAAUAAAACUUACUGUACCAGACCAAGAAAUAGAGGAGGGUUGGGGGAAUGAUUUUGUAAUUUUUUGUGUAAAGUAUUUGUUUCGACAGUACAGACGGACGAUUCAACGCUGUUUCUUUAUUUAGUUUUGACGUAAUUUCGAAUAGCCAUCGUUGGAAUAUUCCUUAAUUCUUCUUUACCAUUUCCUUGUUUAAAUACAGUGCACUUUUUCAUAAGUAACAUCACAUAUUCACUUGUAUAUCUACACCAUAUCUACACUAAUAAUUCGAUACAGUUUGUAUGUUUGUAAGUAGUUAAAAGCAAUAAGAAUUUAUGUGUAUACCUAAGCUACAUUCUCUAAGAAGCAGUGGAGAUGAAACCGCGGCGCAUAACUUGUCUGUGUACUAUUUAACCGAAUAGAUUUAAACAUUACGAUUUACACUAUGGUUCAAUGGAUGUUCUGUAACCUUCAUCAUUGUGAAACUAGAUAAUAUUAACAUACAUAAUUAAUCUCAUUAUAUCGAAUACUCUAGGGUAGUUGUACUUGACAUUGUAUUUAACUAUAUUCCACUAAGAUGUAAUUUUGGCGACAUGUGCCCUCAAUUAUUGCAAUGCUAAUAAAGGCAACAAACAA